AUGGGUACUGAUAUUUUGCUCCCCUUGGCUCUUGAAAAAUGGCCAAUACUGACAGAAACAUUAAAAAAAGAUUGGCCUUUUUAUGCACAAUAUUACUAUUUCGUUCAAACUGCCAUUAAGUGGAAGUCAAAAGAACCAGUUUUGCCGCAGCAAAUUUAUUGCCCAGGAGGUGAUCCUAAAUCUGGAAUUUUAGUUGCGAUAUUUUCUUUUGCAGAAAAUUAUGUGCUUCUUUUUGCCCACGAGGGCUUCGAAGGACUUUUACACAAGGCUGUAACAGAAACUAAAAUUAUUCAAUGGACCAAAGGUGUUUACUUCCCAGCCGUUAAUUCUCGCAUUAUUCCGACAGUUUACUCUAUUAUUGAGACUUUAAAACAAACAAUUGGGAUAGAAAUAGAAUGGAAUUCUCCCGGAAACUGUUUCUUCAAGUCUAAAGAGGAAUGCGCUGCUGUCCAAGUUAGGGUGCCUGAAGGAUGCUGUUUGGACAGAGUCGACGAAUCGCACGUGCCUCUAAUCCAUUCUUUGUGGCCUCUUCGAGACAAGGAACACCCAGAAACAACAACGAAGAUUAUCAUGACAAUAGUGAGAUUAAAUGGAGGAUGUGGACUAUUUUCAAGAGAAAAUAACGAACUCCUCUCCUGGGCUUUGCAAUCAGAAUUAGGUGCACUCAGUAUAGUUCAGACAAUUGAAAAAUGCAAAAGAAAGGGCUAUGCAAAAGUAGUUGUAAAUGCCUUUGCAAAAGAAUUAGCAGAGAAUGGAGUAGAUUCGUUUUUAUAUAUAAUUAGAGAAAAUUUGGUUUCCGAAACAAUGUUUAAAUCCUUGAAUUGGAAACUAAACCAUCGAUAUUAUUGGAUAAAAAUGACAGUGUCCAGAAGUAAAAUAGAUCUAAAAAAUUAAAAAUCUGGAUUAAACUUCCGAACAGUGCAUACCCGAAAUUCUGUACAACCCAUGAAUACUAACGUGUUCUGAGUAUUGAUUCUGAUAUAUUUGAAAUAUUUUAAAAAUAUAUUUGGUAAUAUUUCCGAAAUUAUUGAAAUCUUUGUGAAAUCAUGUAAAUCUAUCCGAAAU